UACUCUCUAUCAGAAUGUCAGGAAGUUCAGAACACUGGAAUAGACAAAGGUUUGAACUAAUCGAAUAAUUAUGUCCAACAAUUUGCAGUAUUCAAGAGACCUGGAGGAGAAUCUCAGGCACUCACGUGACUCGUCACCUGACCGGGACACUCCGAGAAAUAAAACUAAAAGGAUUAAAGUCGGUAACGAUAGAGAAGCACAGAUACUUCAAUUCCAUGAAAAAGUCUCAGAUUUGUUGAUUUGCACUGUCUGUUUGGCAAAUCCCAAUACUGAGAUAUACCAGUGCCACUAUGGACAUUUGAUGUGUAUCGGCUGCUUCUACAGGCUCCUCGCUGAUGCCAGAAUCAAGGACGAGCAAGCCAGGUGUCCCAAAUGCAGGGUGGACAUGUCCCGUAACUCAUGUGUUCGGAACCUGGUGGUGGAGCUGCUCCUCUCAGAGCUCCUCUCCGACUGUAUCUACUGUAACGCUACCAUGUCCAGGAACAGACUGGAGUCUCAUACUAAGGAGUGCAAGGGAAGACCAGUUAACUGCACGUACAUUAAAGUUGGGUGCACAUGGACUGGUGCCUCCCACUCCUCUCACCAACAUGCGGACGAGUGCGACUUUCAGCACCGCCCCGCACGUGACAUCAUCGCACAUAUAAACAAGAGCGACAGAAAGCAUGACGAUCAGAUUGGAAGAUUCAGGAGUGUCACAAGCUUUAUGAGCCACGCUAAACUCUUCUUUACAGAUAUAGUGUUGUCGCCGCACAGAACAGAUGAUUUCAUCCCACAACUGUUCUACGAGAGUUCUAAAUUCAACCUCUUUGGUCACUACUGGCUGGUGCGAGGACGGGUCCAGGGAGACGAACACAACUUCCAGCGGACCCUGAGCCUGAAGGUGGUCCUGAAAGGCAAGAGCAGCAUGGAGGUAGAGUUCUGCUUCACUAGAGAUGCUUACUCUACUGUGGAUAUUAUCCCGGAGGUAAGUAGACAUAGCUACACAGCAGAAGACUCCGAAUCAGACUAUGUCGAGAUAAAACUUGUCCAGCCUCUAGACCUCAACAAUCUGCUAGCUGAAAAGAGCAUUAAGUUCAGACUCUACAUGGCACAGCUGUAGUUAAUUAAUUACGCAAUUAGUUAAUUAGUGACCUUGAUUAGCGAGAUGUUUUGCUAAUUGAGUUAUUAAUAGACCUGAGACUCGUUGGACACGUUAUGUGUAUUACCGUAUUAAUUUACUGAAGGUUUGGUUAUAUUAUUGUAAACGAAGUUCAGUCAUUAUAUUAUGGAUAUAUGAUAUAAAGUUGGGAAUGAUAGAGUAUCUUGACAUAUUUUAAUAUACUAGAGCUCGAAACAGCAUAAUAUGUGACCUGGUUUAAAUGUUACAAUUACGAUUUAAAUUAUAUAGGAUCAAUAACGCAAUAAUAAUGACAGAUAACCCAACCCAAUACGGAACUACGGUAGAACCCACGGUGGAAAUUAAAAUGAAAUGCAAUGAUGCGUGUACAAGAUUAACAUAAAAUGCAAUAAUGCGUAUACUCCUCAUGGAGCUACAGUUUCUAUAUGUCCUGAUCCGCCGGCGUGAAAUUUACAUUCAUUAUGAGGAAUAUAGGGAGAGAGAGAGAGAGAGAGAGAGGAAUAUAGAAACCUACGGUUAUUAGGAUGUGCCACGUAUUAUGAGGCGACGUGACAUAACUUGUUAAACCGGUUCUCUUGCGUUUGUUUUGGUCUUCAGUCGUUAUUUGAGCCGUGCACAGUUUUCAUCCAAUUCAUUGCCAUGUUGUCAGGGACCGACUGAUAAUCAACAGCUCAUCGGGGUUAACUUUCACUUUGCUUUUUCUCAGUUAUUACAACCAAAUUGUAGGGUUGAAAUUAAUCAACAUUUGAUUCUGAAACAGGGACCAUUGCUCGGGUAACCCAUCACACUAUGCAGACCAAGUGUAUUUUAAACUAUAGUAUAUCUGGAUACCUGUUAGUUAAUACAUUUGUUUAAAACAAAAUCAAAUUCUAAGCUUGCUCUGGUAGAGAAUGUAGAAAAUCAGUUCGAUUUCAAAGUAUGUUGUAAAAAUAGUGUUGUACAAAUUCUGACGAAAUUCCGUCAUAAGUUUAGAAUAAUCUUAGUUUCAAAACAACAGUUAUUGUCUUGUUAUGGACGGUCCACAAUAAACUUAAAAUGUCUAUAUUGUAGCAAUGAUAGUGGAUGAAAUCUGAAUAAUAAUAAUCGUGGGGGUUACGCCAUUUUAUUGGUAUUUUGUUAAGUUUCUUGUUGUUUCUACAUAAAAUAUUAUUAUAUCAUUACGUUCAUUGAUAUUGUUAUUGUUUUCAUUGAUAUUGUUAUUGGUAAUGUUUCUAACAGCUGUCAUAUCAUGUAGGACAAGAUUAGUGACAGUUGAGAGUUUAAAGUCCAUCGUCAGAUAGACUACUAUAUAAUUAGUUAGAUUAGACAUGUAAUUAACAGGUGUACUCA